AUGAAGUCAUGCCUGCUAGCGGAUGCCCACUACCAACUACUGUCCAACAUUGUGCUUAAGAUCCCAGCCAAGCCGGCCGGGCGCGAGGACGUGACAUUCUCCUUAACUAGCGAUACAAAUGGCUGGGAUCGGGGGCCCUCCAGGCUCCAGAUGCGCCCCGGGAAGGCAGCCGGGACCCGGGGGACCCCCGCCGAGGCGCGCGCGGACCGCAGAGACUUGUGUGGUUUUAUCUGCCACCUUUUCACAGGAUAUAAAAUUCCUGUCAUUGAAAAUCUCGGUGCCACCUUAGACCAAUUUGAUGCCAUUGAUUUUUCCGACAAUGAAAUCAGGAAACUGGAUGGUUUUCCUUUGUUGAGAAGACUGAAGACGUUACUGGUAAACAACAAUAGAAUAUGCCGCAUAGGUGAGGGGCUGGAUCAGGCUCUGCCCUGCCUAACAGAGCUCAUCCUCACCAACAACAGUCUUGUGGAGCUGGGUGACCUGGACCCUUUGGCGUCUCUCAAAUCACUGACUUACCUAAGUAUUCUGAGAAACCCUGUAACAAACAAGAAGCAUUACAGGCUGUAUGUCAUUUACAAAGUCCCGCAAGUCCGGGUGCUGGAUUUCCAGAAGGUGAAACUAAAAGAGCGUCAGGAGGCAGAGAAAAUGUUCAAGGGCAAACGGGGUGCACAGCUUGCAAAGGAUAUUGCCAGGAGGAGCAAAACUUUCAACCCAGGUGCUGGUUUGCCAACUGACAAAAAGAAAGGUGGCCCAUCUCCAGGGGAUGUAGAGGCGAUCAAGAACGCCAUAGCGAACGCGUCGACGCUGGCGGAGGUGGAGCGGCUGAAGGGCUUGCUGCAGUCGGGCCAGAUACCUGGCCGGGAACGCCGAGCAGGCCCCACCAAUGAUGGCGAAGAGGAGAUGGAAGAAGACACAGUCACAAACGGGUCCUGAGCUGCACGGCUGGAGUAUCCACCGGAUGUGUAACGUGUCCGCUUGGGACAAAGUCCUGCCUUUUGAAUAUGAAUAAUAGUCCUGUUUGUGUCAGUAGAGAGGAGUCCAUAAGCGUUGUUGAAAUGCUCCAAACUGCUGCUGGUCAUUUUUCAAUAUACACUUUGAAAUCUAAAUGCCUUGUUUUUUACAAAUAGUAACAAUAAAGGACACUCGCUGCGCCGCCAGGUUGCAUGUUGCUGGGCUGUGUGCGCAGUGAGGUGUGUGGACACCUUUAAGCCAGAGGUGCAGGAGGGCAGCGUUUCUAACUGGGCUUCCAUCCUCUCUGAAAUGUUUAGGAUUUUAAAUCUUUAAUAAAACUCAAGGUUAUCAAUGUGCCACCA